AUGUCUUCCUCCACAGGAGCACCAGAUCCUACAGCGGGUGGUGGUAUAAACGACUCCUCCACAUGGUACUUUGACGAGAGCGGGGUUCAAGAACAGUUGCGCUUGAAUUUAGCAGCUCUCGCUGCCUAUGGAGCAGGUGGUUGUAACGCUUUUGACGUGACCUCCUCACAAGCUGGUCCUGCAUCUUCUGCCAACUCUUCCACCUCUUCUUCCACAUAUGGAAGGCUCUUUGUCAACAAUGUUCACUCCGACUUUCAUCACUGUCGGUUCGGUCGCUUUUCUUCUCGAUAUUCCACUGACGAGGGCUUAAUCACGGACGAGAACGGCUUCAAACCCCGCAAUUUUGUUUAUCGCUCGUUUGCUCACACUUGGCUAGAGAACUACCGCCAUCUUCUACGCUCUAAACUGCCACCUUUCGGGUAUACGACAUCCUCUUCUGCUGCUACAACGGCUCACUCGGUCCACUCGUCGGUGCAUUCGAUACAUCAUCACAUGGCAAAUGGCAGCGGUGGUGGCAACACUAAUGUUGGCUCAAUGCAAAACCUUCUCCCAAGCUUCACUUCGCUCAACAUUAGCUCCACUGCCCCUCAUCACUUUCCUGGAAGUCAAAUUGCCAUGGUAUUUGCAAAAACUUACGAACUUUUAGCUGCUCGCGACACAAAUGGACCGCGUCUCCUCGCCAUUAUCACUGAAGAGCUGUUAAAUUCCGCAAACUUAAUGGCUCUCAAGUCACGUAGAAACAAUCGUGGCGGGGGUCUUGCAGACCGUGGGGUGUGGGAUCCCUACACAGGGGAUUUCGAUGAAAGUUUAGACGAUUCCGAUGCUCAAGACACUCAGCAUCGACAGCAGAGAGCAGGACCUAGCGCCAGCCAAUCACCACCCAUAUGGACGGUACCGCUAUGGGAGGAGGUGGCACGUCUAUGGACCUGCCUUCUCCUUGCUCCCGGUUUUUCCUCCGCAAACCGUGACGGAUGGCGCGAACGGCUGCUCACGUGGUCUCAGUCGCCGCAGGCACCUCGCGACGAAAUCUACUUCUUUCCUUCCUACUCCAGCAAUGAUACAUCACCUGCUGAAGAAGGUUUCGUUGCCCCUCGAGGUGGUCGGGAACCCACUUCUGUCUUCCAACUGGCUUUGGACGUUAGUGCACUCCCCCUGGAGAUCUCAGAGGAAUUUCCUCCGAUCCCACGAAAUACAAUAUCUGAAUUAAUUCGCACCCUGCCCACAGACUCCCGUCAAUGCAUGUGCCCAUUCUGUGGUGCCUCCAUGGUGAUUAAACGCGCGUGGGGCGCUGAGGAGGACUUUGUAACAGCUUGUUUGCGCGCCUCUGCACUUCACGUAAUGGGAUUUGGGGAAACUGCGACUCGGCUUGCGGUAAAUCUGGCAAACCUCCUAAUUGCGUGCCUUGAAGAUGUUUCCCAUAGAGGUGCCACGCUAGGGGAGAUAACCUCGGGACCCUGCUCACCAGCACCGUCCCCAAUGACGUCACAAUCGCCGAGCUUUGUUCGAUCGAAUUCGGGAGGAUCAGGAAAGGGUAUUGGAGUCAACUCCUCUUUGGGCGGCAGUGGAAACCAGUCUCGGGGAGGUUUCAAAAGCCCCCCUCCUCCACCGCCGCCACAACCUCAGCACUUCUCUCCUAUCCAGCAACGCAGCCAUUAUUCAUGUGCAUCGGCUGGCAUAAACCCCUCCUCCACGGCCACCGCCAACACCACCUCCUUCUCCUGCUUCCAUUUUUCGCCACCGUCACCCUCUGCAUCUUGUGUCUUCCCCUACAACCAUCAUCACCAUUACCAACAGGGACGCCAUCGAUUUUCAUCAUGGCAACGAAUGCCCCAACGUCCUGACCCCUCGCAAUAUCUCUACUGCUCUUCUGACGUUUCUCUCGACUGUCCCUUUCACGAGUAUGGUUGGCUCGGGCUACCUGGAAGACCUGUUAUCAGUUUGGUCGAAUGCCUACUGGAAGCUGCCUCACAAAAACUUCAAGAUCCCUCCAAAAGUGGUCUCUCGCCCAGCGAGUACAUUCAUCUCGCUCUGAAGGUGGGAAUAAUGGUGCUAUGUCAACAACGCAGUCUUCCAUUCACUAGCGGAGCUCUUUUAGCCAGCCAGGCCCAGGAAAUGCUGCUGAUUCACUUGCUAAACACCAUUCCACGCAACGCGAUGACCGCGCAGAUAAUCGGACCGCUUGUAUGCCAGUUGAUGGGCCCUCCACCUCCCUCGCUUCAUCCCAUGGGUGCUGGAACACAAGGAGCUUGGUGGUGGUCUGCGUUGGGGCCCCUCGUCCACCCAGACACCUACCCCGUUCAUGUCGUCGCCGAACUCCUCUUUGGCCACCUUCUGGCUGGCGAGUCAGCCGGAGCUUACACUGGCGAACUUGCCUACCUAGUCGCUGCUAGAGCUAUGAGACUUCCGGUGCUUGAAUCAGUGUCUGAUAGUCCUCUGGUUAUCAAUGCAACUAACCCUACGUCGACAACUCACCGGCACGGCGACAACUCCUCUCGUCCUCCCGCUUACACCGCCUCCUCUGCUGUCUCCACUUCCAGUGCAUUCCGUUCGCCACCAUUACCCUCCACUUUUUUCAAUGCAGCAAUGACACCGUAUUCCCGUCUUCCCGUUCUUUAUCCACCACCACCAUUACCACCGCCACCACUAAACUACCAUCAACAGGGUCAGGAAACACUCCGCCAUCAGCAUCCGGCUUUUGUGAACCAGGACGCUUUAGCAACUGCGUACCGACGCGACCUCGGUGCUAUGGAGGGCAGACAGGCGCGUCUGGCCAUCAGUCUGAUCCUCGCCUCCCGCUCCGCCGUCUUUCGCAUGGACCACUUCAUGAGGGUCUGUGAUCGACACAUUCACACCUCCAUCAGUUUACUGUCAGUUUCACCUAAUCAGCAAACACCACUUUUGUGGCAGGUUUUGGCGGAAGCGAUUGGGCAUCGUUUGCACUCCUCCACGAGUGCCUUUUCACUGGAUGAGCCAGCCUUUCUGCUGAACACCUCCGCUGUUACUGCUGCCACUACUGCUCCUGGCAUUACCGGGUCCACCACCACUGGGCCAUCACUUGGAGCAGGUACAACCUCCACUGCUGGUAGUCUGGGUUUCGCGAACCUCCUGCCCGUCAAUUUUGUAACGACGCCGCUACCAACAAAUGCUCUACAGGAGCGGAUCUCCCUGGUCUGUGCCGCCUUUCAUUUGGCCUUGUGCGUGGCUGUGCGCACCACUUGGCCUCGAGUGCACUGGCGCCGACGAGAGAUGCUCGGUUGGGCCGUGUCAACAGGCUUGCUGGCUGGCCCGCCAGCACUCCUACAUCUAACACAGGCAUGGAGUCUCUAUGCCAGUCCUCGCGAGGCUGUAACGUGGCUAGCACCCACCCUCCUUGCCUGCAUAGCCUGCGUUUCGCCUGUUGGUGGGCCUGCGAGCUCGGGCGUCGGUGCAGGGGUUAACGGAGGUGCAGGUGCCGGUGUUAGGUCCACACGGAGCAGUGCCGAGGGAAUGAUGUUUCUCCUCCCGCGCAUCUACAGUUUCUUCUCUUUCACACCCCUUGCCGUCGAACAGAUCAAGAUCGCAGUCAGGCAAAUGACCAUUCAGUUUGAGUGA